AUGGAAAAGCUCGACAUAAAAAGACCUGACAUCAAACAAUUCGUGGUUACUCCGGAACAUCCCAUCUUCAAAUACAAAUGGAAUGCUCAAAAUUGGCUCGAACAAUUCGAACGUGUUAAAGGCGUGCGUGAUCAACAGAGUGAUCGAAAAAGGCAUCUGCUACGCAUUACAACGAUGCUCAACACGAUCGGUGUGAUUCAUAACAAAAGUUAUACUGUAGAAACUGGCGGCAAUAAAAAGGAGAUCAAAUUUAAGUUUGAGCAGUUGAAAACCAUAGCCUACAAUCAUCGAUCGAAACUGCCACUCAGGAUCAAUGAUCGUUUGCUUGUUUAUGAAAAAUUAGCAGCAGACAAAAGUCGACCAGUGCUACUCAAUAUGGCUAAUGCAACAACAUCUGGUGGUGGGUACCGGCAAGGAGCUGGAGCGUAA